AUGGAUGGAUCGUCAAGUACUCCAAAGCCUGGACCGGCGGCUCCGCCUGGCGCAGAAGUCAUUGAAAUGCAGGAGCCUGCAGAGAAGACUGAAUCAAAUAAGGAGGAAAACAACAAAUCAGAGAGCGAAGAGAGCCCGAAGCCUCCAUUCUUCGCCAGUUACAUUAGAAUCCUCUCCUACGGCACCGGCAAUUAUGGCUGGCUUCUUAUGAUACUCGGCCUUGGAUGCGCGAUGGGGUCCGGGAUAGCCCUCCCUCUGAUGAACAUCAUCUUUGGCAACCUCGUCGGCGACUUCAACGAGUACUUCAUUCCAGACUCUGGCGUAACGGAGUCUCAGUUCAAAUCCACUGUCAGCAAGAAUAGUUUGUAUCUCGUCUACCUCUUCAUUGGCAAGUUUGUGUUGACGUACAUCUACAUGCUCUCCUUCCGCAUGGUCAGCCUGAAGGCAUCCUCGUCUCUACGGCUAUCAUAUAUGUCCUCGCUGUUCAGUCAGCCAGUCAGCAAGCUAGACGCCAUCUCCAUCGGAAGCGUCACGAAUACCAUAACGGCGCUCUCGAACACCAUGCAGCAGAGCGUCUCGGACCGUCUAGCGAUGCUCUUCCAGUCGAUCGCUCUGCUGAUCGCGGCAUAUGCAAUAGCAUUUCGUUACUCCUGGGCACUGACGCUUGUCGUCUCCUCGGCAAUCCUAUUUGUGGUUUUAGCGUUCGGAGUGACCGUUCCAAUUCUCGUCUCGGGACAAAGAGGCGUGGAUCUCGCGGAUGAGAAACACGCCUCGAUCGCAAGCGAAGUCUUCGGGUCCAUCCGGACUGUGUUCUCUCUUGGUGCGGAAGGCCCAUUAUCUCGAAAAUACAGCGAGUGGGUCGAAGAGGCCCGCAAACGGGGGCGAAAAAUGGCCCUCGUCACAGGUCUUCAUCUUGGAAUAUUGUUCUUUAGCAUGCACUGCAGCUAUGCCUUGGCCUUUUGGUUCGGGAUUAAGCUUUAUCGCGAGAGGAACAUUUCGAAUGUUGGGACUGUGAUAACUGUCUUCUUCUCAGUCCUCCUGGUAGUGACUAUAAUGGGCGGCAUUGCAGCACCAAUCAUGGCGAUUUCCAAGGCAGUCAGUGCGUCCGCGGCGUUCUUCUCUGUCAUUGACGCGGAGGGACUACAUAGUGGUGGUCUAAGAGAGCCGGAGGUGUCGAGCCAUUCGGAUAUCGUCUUUGAAAAUGUGUCAUUCGCCUAUCCUUCUAGACCGGACGUCCCCGUGCUGAAGGGGUUCAACGCCGUUUUUCAGCGCGGGAAGACGACGGCGAUUGUUGGACCGUCGGGAAGCGGCAAGAGUACGGUUGUUGGAUUGCUGGAGAGGUGGUACCAGCUCGAUAGUAAUUCCUCGCCAGCCGAGGAUGAUGUAGAAAACGAGAAGGAUAGCGGGUGCAUCAAGGUCGACAAUCACGACAUUAAUGACCUGGACCUCAAGUGGUGGAGGGCCCAGAUCGGCCUUGUACAGCAGGAGCCCUUUGUUUUUAACGACACCGUCUACAACAACGUCGCUUUCGGUCUGAUCGGGUCUCAGUGGGAGGAUGCUCCAGAGGACGUGAAGAAGGGCCUCGUUGAGAAGGCGUGCAAGGAGGCUUUCGUCGAUGAGUUCGUCCAACGGUUACCGUUAAAAUACUCCACUCCUAUCGGCGAAAACGGCAUAACCAUCAGUGGCGGACAACGACAACGGCUAACCAUCGCCCGCGGUAUUGUUUCCCAACCGCCAAUCCUGAUACUUGACGAAGCGACAAGCUCAAUAGAUGUCCGCGGCGAGAAGGUUGUUCAAGCAGCAUUGAACCGUGUUUCGAAAGAUCGCACGACGAUUAUGAUUGCGCAUCGGUUGUCGACGGUACGAAACGCCGAUCGAAUUAUUGUGCUGAGGGAUGGGCUUAAUGUUGAAGAGGGAAGCCAUGAAGAGCUACUGCAAAGCGACGGUGCGUAUGCAGGGCUCGUAAAAGCUCAGCAACUGGGUACUUUUGAUGGAGAUGGCGUUGUCGACGAUGCUCAGCAACACUAUGACUGGGUUGUGGAAGAGGAGGAAAAGGCUGAAGACGCGCCCAAGGAAUUACCCGAAAAGCAGAUGGGCGGCUUCAAAAGCUUUGGUACCAUAUUCUACGAGCAGCGGGCAUACUGGAUGCUAUUCCUCAUCGUGCUUGUGGCCGCUGCAGGGUCAGGAUCCGGCUUCGCCCUCCAGAGCUGGCUCUUCGCAAAGCUCAUCGAGGUCUUCAAUUUUACCGGCCAACGACUCGUCGACUCCGCCAACUUUUGGGCGCUGAUGUUCUUCGUCCUAGCCCUAGCCGUAGGGACGUGCUACUUUACCCUGGGGUUCUGCUCCGUUCUAACCUCGCACUUCAUCGCAUCAUUCUAUCGGAGAGACUACUUCACGAGCCUAAUUCGAAAACCAAUCCCCUUCUUCGACGCCUCCGACAACUCCUCCGGAACACUAACCUCAAGCCUCUCCAGCUCAACAAAACAACUUCAAGAACUCUUCGGCCCCAACGGUGUAUUCCCACUAGUCUCAAUGUUUGUCAUCAUCGGCUGCGUCGCCAUCUCGUUUGCUUUCGGCUGGAAACUCGCUGCCGUUGCAUUCUUCGCCGCAUUGCCGUUCAUCGUUCUCGCGGCGUACUUUCGAAUCCAAUACGAGACGCAGUUUGAGGGUAUGAAUGCCAAGGUCUAUGCGGAGAGUUCGGCGUUCGCGGCGGAGGCGAUCAAGGCGUUUCGUACAGUGUCGGCUUGUACCAUGGAAGGUUUUAUUCUGGAAAGGUACAAGACGUUACUUGGUGAGCAACGAGAGAAGGCGCUGAGGAAGGCGUGGUAUGCGUGUGCGGUGUUUGCCUUCUCGGAUAGUGUAGACUUUUGCGCGAUGGCGCUGACUUUUUGGUAUCCUGAAUCCUUUUUAUUGGAACACAGAUCAAAUGAGCUGACAAUUGGUGCCAGGUACGGAGGCCAACUCCUCGCGUCGAGAGAAUACGACAUCGUCCCGUUCUUUGUUGUGUACAUAGCCAUUAUUCAGGGCGGACAGAUGGCUGGGAUGAUGUUCAGCUCUGGGCCGGAUAUCGCGCAGGCGAAAGCUUCUGCUGCGAGGAUCUUCCAGGCUCGUUCAACGACAUCGGAAGACUCGACACCUACUUCCCAACCUACAUCCUCUGUCCAAAAAGCCGAGUCUACCCCAUCCGAUGCAAGCGUUGAGUUCCGCAACGUCUCUUUUCACUACCCGUCCCGCCAGACACCGGUCUUUACAGACCUCAACUUGCGCAUCGCAAGCGGGCAAUUCGUCGCCUUUGUAGGGGCUUCGGGCUGCGGGAAGUCGACGCUUAUUUCACUUCUAGAACGGUUCUACGAGCCUGCCGAGGGUAGCAUACUAUUUGGGAGUGUUCCAAUAAAUGAGCUUGACGUCGCCACCUACCGCAGGAACCUCUCACUUGUCGCGCAAGACCCGAAGCUUUUCAACGGCAGUAUACGCGAGAACCUCCUUUUAGGAAUCGACGCCGACGAAAACGAGCAAGACCUGGAAGAGAAGAUGAUCUCAGCCUGCACAUCUGCCGAGAUCCACUCUUUCAUCCUUUCCCUGCCCGAAGGCUACAAUACACAGCUGGGCACAAACGCCUCCUCCGCAGCGUCGCUAAGCGGUGGACAGAAGCAGCGACUAUGCAUUGCGCGCGCUCUUCUGCGAAACCCGCGUCUUCUUCUCCUUGACGAAGCAACAUCUUCCCUAGACUCGCAGAGCGAAAAGUUAGUCCAGGGCGCCAUGGAGAAAUUAGCGGAGAACGGAGACCUGACGAUCAUUGCGGUCGCACACCGACUUGCCACCAUACAGAAAGCAGAUGUGAUUUUUGUCUUCGGGGACGAUGAGAGUCGACGGGGAUCGAAGGUACUUGAGAGCGGGAGUCAUGGUGAGUUGUUGGCGAGGAGGGGGGUUUAUUGGCAGAUGGUGAGUCUAGCCUAUAGGACCUGA